CAUAACAAUGACAAAGAGGACUCUCUAUACAAGGGAUGAGGUACUUCAGGGUAUCCUUGACAGUAGUGAGCAGGACCUCUCUGACUCAGAACACACUGAUGGCCUCGAAGACGAUGAUGGCCCCAUGGCAGAAGGGAGUGACGAUGAGUUCACAGACCUGGAUGAGGAGGAACAAGAGUACCCUACACAACCAGACAUCCCAUUCGAGCACAGUGACACUCCAAGACAGUCACCAGAAACAACCCUCCCAUCAUCAGAAAUAACCCUCUCACCCAUAGACUUCAAUUUCUCACCACCUGACUUAGAACCCCCCAUCUCACCAACUGACCUAGAACCCACUCACCCUAAACGUCCGACCACAAGAGGCAGAGGCAGAGGCAGAGUCAUGAACAGAACUAAUUCUACAAGGUAA